AUGGAAGUAUCCAUGAUAAAGACUGAGCUAUAUUCCAAAUUGCGAAAGAUGGGUUUGGAAUAUGGACCUGUAUUCCAACAAUUGGAUAAGAUUUAUGUUGGUAAAGGAGAAGGAGUUUCUGAACUGUCGCUGAAGAAGAAUCUAUCUACCGUAAAUUCUGAUAGUCAUGUGAAGAAGUCUAUUUUGGACAUCAAGAGAGAAAAGUCAGUAUUGGAAGUUGGUAUUUUGGACUCUUGUUUGCAAUCGCUUAUUGCCAUUGCAGAAGAAGACAGCAUUGUUUACAUUCCAGCCUCUAUUGAGACUUGUGUCCUCAAUACUGAUGUUUGUUUGAAUCAAAAGGUUCCAGAUAUGGACAGUAUUUCAGUAUACUGUAAAUUGACCAAUCAAUCUCAAUACGAGCUUGAGGGAGACGUCUUUAUUUAUGGGCAUAAGGCUGGUUAUCCAGAUGUUCCAAUUGCCUCCUUCUUGUGUGUCAAAUGUAGAGCCAUUACCCAACCUUCAUGUCCAACUAUUUUCACACUUUCCUCCAAUGACUGUUUGUACAAUGUUGAAUGGAAUGCCGUGAACAAGGAAGCCCUUGAAAAGAUCUUUACUACGCCUGAUGAAGCUAGCCCUGCCGAAGAAGAAACCCCAAGAUGGGUAGUUGUUUCUGAAAAGCCAUUGAGCGACUCAGAUGACGCGACAAAGUCUGUGUUUGCUUCCUUGGAAGACCUGAACGUCUCCGUUGUGAAUGGAGAACAAGUCAUUUCCAUGUUGCAAGAAAAGCACCAAAUUGAUGGUAUUGUUUUUGUUUCGAAUGUGACAGUAUCUGACCAAGUCGCUCAAGAACCAAACACCUGGUUAUUGAUGAAGAUUAUUAAGGAGCUUGUGAAUAUUGAAUUAGAUGCUGGUGAAUGUAGUACCAAAUUAUGGAUCGUUACUAAGGGAGCUCAACUUUCAUACACAAGCCCAACCACAGCUCAAUUUAUUGGUGUUGGAAGAACCUUCAGAAGUGAACACCCAAAUAUUUUGAGCUUGAUGUUAGAUUUUGAUGAAAAAUUGAACUUGAAUGACUCCUCUGUGGUUACUUUGUGUGGAAAAUUGCUCAGAAACGCAAGCUCAUUGGAUUUCAAUGAAUUGGCCAUGUCAUCAGAUGGUACACUUAAAUACUUGAAGGUCGUCAAACCAACUCAAGUUACGAAACCUAAUGCUCCAGUGACCUUAAAAUCUAAUUCCAUUGGUUCAGUAAGUGAAUUGACAUUCCAAGAGGUUGAGGAAUUUGUUCCACUCGAAGCUGAUGAAGUUCGAAUUCAAGUUAAGGCAUCCGCAUUGAGUUUUAAGGAUUUAAUGUUCGCACUGGGUAGAAUUCCAGAUAAGGCCUUUAGAAGAGGAGGUAAAUGGAAUCCUCCAUUCGGAUUGGAAUGUUCUGGUGUCGUUGUCGAAGUUGGUUCACAAGUUGCCUUGAAUGGCCAAUUCUCAAUUGGUGAUGACGUUGUGUGCAUUGCUAGAAAGUGUUUCUCGUCCUAUGUGAAUGUCAAGGUUCAACUGGUUGCCAAAAAACCAUCAUGGAUGACUUAUGAGCAAGCUUCAACCAUUCCUUCAGCAUUUUUAACUUCAUGGUACAGUUUGGUUCAUGUGGCUCGUUUGAAGAAGGGUGAAACUUGUUUGAUUCACUCAGCAGCUGGUGCUGUUGGUUUGUCUGCGGUUCAAAUUGCUAAUCAUGUGGGUGCAGUAACAAUUGGUACUGUUGGACGUGGUGAAAAGAGAACAUUUUUAGAGACGGAUGCAACUUAUAAGGUGACCUAUACGACAGAUUCUCGAUCGACUCAAUUCCGUGAUGAUGUCAUGAAAUUCACCAAUGGAAAGGGUUGUGAUGUUAUUUUGAACUCGUUGGCAGGAACUGACAUGUUGUCAGCAAACUUUGAAUCUUUGGGACCAUACGGUAGAUUUGUUGAAAUUGGUAUUAGAGACAUUUAUGAUGGAACUUGUGUGAAUUUGCAACAAAUGCAUAGAAACUUGAGCUAUUCCUCUGUAGACUUGGAUCGAAUGAUGGAUGAAAAACCAGAGCUCGUUCAACAAAUGUUCAAAGAAAUCAUGGAUCUCAUGGAACAAAAACGUCUCUUCCCACUUCCUCUCGUUGUCUAUGACAAGGAGAAGUUGCAUGACGCCUUCAACUUUAUGGCUCAUGCCAAGCAUAUUGGUAAAAUUGUGUUGAACAUGACCAAUGAAGAUCUCUCAACUGCCGUUCCAAGAUAUCAAAAAUUGAAAGAAGAAAUGAAAGGUUUGACCUUCUCUGAUGAUAAGACACAUCUCGUUGUCGGUGGUUCACGUGGUGUUGGUUUGUCUCUUGUCUUGUGGCUCUUGGAACAAAAGCAAGUGAAGAAUUUGGUCAUUUUAUCAAGAAGUGGAAAAUUGACGGAUGGUGCCUCUAAGGAUCGUAUUGAGGAAUUAUUAAGACAAGAUAAUUCGAUUAGUCUUUCUGUGUUGGCCUGUGACGUUUCAAACAAGCAACAAGUUCAACAAGUUGUGACUCGAAUUCGAUCCGAAUUGAACUUACCUCCUUUGGAAUCUGUAUUCCAUCUUGCCACCGUUUAUGAAGAUGCAUCCAUUAACAACAUGACUGAAGAAAAAUUCAAUUCUGUCAUUAAUGCUAAGGCAGUUUCUGCUUGGAAUGUUCAUGAAGCCACACUUUCUGAAUCUUCUACCUUGAAAUACUUUGUCAUGUUCUCUAGUUUCGUGGCUAUUAACGGUAACAUGGAACAAUCCAACUAUGCUGCUGCCAACUGUGUCUUGGAUGCUCUUGCUCACUACAGAAAAUCAAUUUUGAAUUUACCUGCAUUGAGUGUGAACUUUGGAGCAAUUGACGAUGGUUUUGUUUCUCGUAAAUACUCGACAAAGGUAAUUUUGAGAUCGAGAGGUUUCAUUUCAAUGCCAAUUCCAUUAUUGGUCAAGUGUUUGGAAAAGGCAUUGAUCGAACAAGAGCAGGACACUACCACAAGUGCACAAAAGAUUAUCAGUUGUAUUGAUUGGAAAGAUCACUCGGAUAACUUUAAGCAUUUGAAACAAAUGUUUGGUGAAUUGUUCGUUGAAAGUACCACUAAUAAUGCUGCUCUUGAUGCUGCCACUAGUCAAUUAUCGGUCGAUCAAAUGAUUGGUACUCAAUUGGCAAAGAUUUUAGGAGUUCCUUUAGAAACCAUAGAAAUUACUGAACCACUGAGACAAUACGGUAUGGAUUCAUUGAUGGCCACUCAACUCAAGAACUGGCUUGAUAAGACUUAUCCUCGUGGUUCCAUCACUACCAUUGACAUUUUGAAGAAGGACACGACUGUGAAAUCUCUUGCUGCCAAGAUUAGUGAAAAGAUGACUGACUCCUCCAAUUCCAAGAAGGAUACAACAAAGAAGAGUGAAACAGUGGUCAAGAAGCCAAGUACCUCCACGGCUGCCUCUGCUGGUGCUCAAGAUAAGGUGGUUGUUCCAUCUCAAGUUGUCACGACCAUUUCCACGAACAAACCUGCAACUCUCUCCUCACCAGCCAUCUCAACCAGCGUUUCACAAAAGACUCUCUCACCACCUUCUCAACAACAACAGCAACACGUGAAUGAAAUAUUGUCGAAGACUUUACCAAAGACUGGACCUGUGAAGGACUUUAUUACUCACGCACGAAAGGCCAAUAUGAAAAAUGCUUCCAAUUCAUUCAUUCUUGGUAUGGGAACUGCUAAUCCACCAAGCAAAUCACAAGAAGAGCUCUUCCAAGGUAUCAUGAAAGAUUACAAUACUGCCGAUGAAAAGAUUAGAGAAAGAAUUUACAAUCUCUUUAAGGGAUGUGAAAUUAAGGAAAGAUGUGUCGCUUUCGAUUUCACUAAAUAUUCUACCAAUGAUUUGAAGACCAUUGAAAGUCGAAACGAAUUAUUCCAUCAAAUUGCUCCUGAAUUGGCCUAUCAAGCUGCCAGUAAGGCUCUCGAAGAAUGGAAAGGAGAUGCCAAAGAAAUUACUCAUCUCAUUACUUGUACUUCCACAGGUAUUGCUGUACCAAAUAUUCACUUGAAAUUUAUGGAUCGAUUGGGACUUUCUCGUUCUGUGGAAUAUUUCCCAAUUAACAUGUCUGGUUGUGCUGCUGGUUUAAUUACAUUGAAGACUGCUCGUGCCCUCAACGCUCUCAAUCCAACCAAGAAUAGAGUGUUGAUUAUUUGUAUUGAAUUGUCCUCUGUCCACUUUAGAAUUUCAAAUAAUACUGAUGAAAAGAUUGUCUCGGCUAUUUUCGGUGACGGUGUUGCUGCUAUGGUCGUUGGUGCUCAACCCAAUGCCUCAAAGGGAGAGAAACCAAUUUUCGAAUUAUUUGAAACUCAUUCCUACACAACUCCAAAUACUGAAGAAUGCAUGACUUGGAGAGUUUUCAAUGAUGGUUUCCAUUUGAGCUUGUCACCAGAAGUUCCACAAAUUAUCAACAAUUCUUUGAAGGAAUAUGUCAAUACACUCCUUAGAAAAUCACAACACAAGGAUGAGAUUGUAUUGAAGCAAAAUUGUAACGUAUUGGCUCAUCCUGGUGGUAAGGCCAUCUUGUAUGCUGUUGAGAAGGCUCUUGAAAUGAGUCGAGACGAAUUGGAGGCCUCGUGGGAAAUUAUGAGCAAGUAUGGUAAUAUGAGCUCUGUCACUAUCUUGUUUGUCAUGGAAUACUAUAGAAGAACUCAACAAUAUCUUAACAAUGAAUGGUCUUUGGCUGUUGCAUUCGGCCCAGGAGUUGCAACUGAGUCCAUUAUUUUGAGAAACACUUGCGGAGGUGCUUCCACUUUGCCUUAA